UCAACAAACGCGAUUUAAUUACCAGAUUCUUGUGAGUCAAGCGAAAUAUAUAAAAUAAUGGCUGCGGAGGAAAAUUACGAGCAGUUCGAAGAUGAGGAGACGGAGAUUCCGAUCGGCGGAACGCUUCCGGGUGGGAGAAAAAGGUUAUUUUCGAAGGAGCUGCGCUGCAUGAUGUACGGGUUUGGCGACGACCAAAAUCCAUACACUGAAAGCGUUGAUUUUUUGGAAGAUCUGGUGAUCGAAUUCAUCACCGAAAUGACCCACAGAGCAAUGGAGAUUGGACGCACCGGCAGAGUGCAAGUUGAAGACAUUGUCUUCCUUGUGAGGAAAGACUCUAGAAAAUACGCCAGAGUUAAGGAUCUCUUGACAAUGAAUGAGGAGCUUAAAAAAGCAAGGAAAGCCUUUGACGAAGUGAAAUACGCAGGUACUGUCAAUCAGUAGGAAACCGAUUGAUUGAUAUUAUCAAGUAGAAACAAAAAUAUCAUUGGUAGAGGUGUGUGAAUUCAUGAUUUUUUGAUUUUUCUUAUCGCACAGUCUGAUCCAAGUCUUGUUGCGAUGUAUGAAUAAUUGGCUAAUCAAACACAUUCCAAAGUAUCUUUUGAAACAAGUUUCCAUCCUAGCAUAAACUCUGAUCAGGCUUGAAUCAGACUUGUUAGUUUCGUUUAUUGCGUAUACAAUAGAGCUAUAAUUUUUUGUUUGUGAACUGAUUGAGCGAUGGUUUCUAACAGGAAUGGGUGGCAUACUGUAAACAUUACAUCCUCAACAUUAUUACCGUUUUCUUGUUUUGUUUUUUUUUUUUUUUUUACUAUGCAACUGGCUGGUUUUUGUCUUGUUUAAAUGAUUGCGCUGUUGGAACAAAAUACGGAGCUCGGUGCGUUUCAAGAAUUGAUCAGAUUGAUCUGUUUUUUUUCUUUAAUACUAGGUAGCAUGUAAUUAGUGUUUUGCAUCUCAUUUUUAUUUUUAAUAAUUGGUUGUUAAAUAUAUUGUAAAUAAGUAUUGCAUCAUAAUUGAUUACUUAUUGACUUGCAUCUUAGAAUGUUAUACAAAAAUAAACAAGGUUGCUUGUUGAAUUCAUUCAAAUGAAUACCUUUCCUACUUUUAUAUUUAAAUACCAUGGUACUUUAAUAAAUAUAUUUAACAUUCGUUUUGUGUGAAGAUUAGAAAUCCGUUUUGAGGUUGCAUAAUUACUACGUCAUCUUACUAGGUGACAAUAAAUAAACAUAAUAUUUGAAUAAAUAUUUCGAAUGGAAUCAGAAAUUCUUGGUCUUAGUAACAACCUUUAUUUUACUGGCAGAAUAACAUCGUGCAGUGAACAGAAAUACCUUGGUAAAAGAGGGAGAUGGAAAUGUAUAAAAAUACUCAUAUGGAUGCAAAUCAACUGUGCGAAUGGUCUGCCAAUUACGAUUCACUGCAAUUUUCAAUCAGGCUUUGACGCAGCCUAUUUAAUAUCACUACGACAUGAUCAUCGAAUUCCAGACUCUAACCAGGUCGUCGAUUUUAACAGAGUGAUAUGUUUGAUGCAGUUCAGACUGAAUUUCUUGACUUUGCUGAAGAAUAAUUCAUCUCUGUAUGUAUGUAUAUAUAUUUAUGUGUCUAUUUGUGAUAACUGGAUUGAAUUUAUUUGUACACUUAUGUAAAUUGCUCAGGAUUUUACCUAUAAUCAUUGUACGGGUGUUG